CAUGCGCGGGAAUUCAGGGCGCCAGGGCGCGCACAUGCGCGUAUUUACGGCGGAGCGCCGUAGGCUGAGAGGCUGUGUUUCGUUUCAGAGUUAGGGGACUACUUGUUGUUUGUUUUGUAGACGCCGAAUCUAAUUUUACUUCAUUCGAUGGGAUAUUGCAUGCGUUUGAGUACUGGCCUCUGGACGACGAAGUAGCCGGGCAGGGAUGCCCCCGGUGGCAGAGGCCGAGGGGAGGCCGGGGGGGCUGUCGCGGGCCGACUGCCUCUGCCCCAUCUGCCUGGAUAUCUUCCUGGAGCCGGUGACGCUGCCCUGCAGCCACACCUUCUGCAAGCCCUGCUUCCUGGAGACGGUGGACAAAGCCAACCUGAGCUGCCCCCUGUGCCGGAAACGCGUGUCCAGCUGGGCUCGUAUGCACAGCCGCAACAAGACUCUGGUCAACGUGGAGCUGUGGAGCCGUGUGCAGGAGACCUUUCCCGCACAGUGUGAGCAGCGGCUCAGCGGCAGGGACACGGGGGACAUGGCAGCCGUGAGUAGCAGACCAAGAGUGAGCCAGCCUGGUGAACUGCGUAAGGAGUAUGAAGACCAGAUUAGCCGGCUGGCUGCGGAGAAGCGUGCACUGGAGGAGGCGGAGCAGGCAGCCAGCGAGCAGUACAUCCAGCGACUUCUGGCUGAGGACGAGGAGCAUUUGGCAGAGGAGUGGAGAAGGCAGGAGGAGAAACAGCUGGAGGAUGACGAGAAGCUGGCCAGGAUACUGAGCAUGGAGCUGAAUUCCAGUCCAGCCCCAGAAGCUCAAAAACAGGUGCGGUCGACGGGCAAGAUAUCAGCCAAGAAAAUUACAAACACAGGAGACAUAGAGAGGUUUUUGCUUCCGCUCGCACAGAGGGGUCCCGUCAGCAGUUCUACUGAAGUGGAGCGAUCUAGGCUGGAUGUGUAUGGGGGGAAUGAGGCUGAGAGGGGAGAACCAGACACACGAGUCUCCCAGCCGGAGCAGAACGACAGCACCGCCUCCGUGCCAGCUGAGAUGGACAGCACCGCCUCCGUGCCAGCUGAGAUGGACAGCACCGCCGCAGCCUCCUGGAUGGGGCACGAUGGAGACCUUGGAGAUCAUGGGACCAUGUGGGUAAGAGAGCAGCCCCCUGGCAAAAGAAAGAGCACCGAGGUUGGAUCUGAGGGUGCAGACAGCCAUGCCAGAAAGCGGUCCUGCCACGCCGACCUUCUGGUGGAUCUGGAGGAGAAGCUGCAGAACCAGCAGCAGCAGCAGGAAGAGGAUCGGCAGCUGGCCUUGAGACUGCAGCAGCAGCUGGACCGCGAAGAGGCCCUCCGGGUUGUGAACCGGCGCAAGGGCUCCCCCGACCAGUACCAGCUCCGUCAGCGUCCCAGCAAUGUGCCGGCGGACCCCUCCAGCAGAGGGCGCUCUCAGUCUGGACCAGAACAGAAGCAAGAGAAGCUGAGAGUGAGGCAGCGAGGGUCUAGCUGUGGGGGCCCCCGGGCCCAGAGGGGGGAGCCUGCCUCAGAGUCCCCCCUCCCUGUAGUACACAAGGCCUGCAAACAGACCACCCUAACUGAGAUAUUCCCUUCCCUGAACAGUUGAGCCCUAAGAAGCCCAGACUCUGCAGGGUCAUGCUGUUCACGCUCUUCUGCUUAUCGAUUUCUUGGUAUAACCUUUUUUUUUUUUAAAGAAAAGAAAAGAAAAAAAAAUGAAUGUAAUAUUGCAGUUGUUAAAUAAAAGAUAGUGGUUUAUUUUGCGGCGUGUGCGUAAUGUUGACAGCGCCAUGUGUCUAACGUCCAAAUUAAUUUUUGGCUUUGCUGUUGGGCUUCUUUUUUUCUUAAGGUUCCUGGUGUCCUGUAGAGGGUGCUGCUCUUUUUUUGUACUCAAAGAGGCUCAGUGUGUUUGCAGGACAUCUCUGUGGUGCGUUCACACUGAUUUGCUGGUAGUAUUUUUUAAUUAAUUUUAGCUCUGAGCCUCAUAUAAAGUAAUUCAUUUAUUGCAUUGUCCUGACACCAAAGACUUUCCUGGUUAGAGCAUGGUCACUAAUUCAUCUGUUGUUCUGUAAGGUUGUGCUGUUUUUCUUCAUUAAAGGCUGUAUGAUGUGUCGUGGGA